GAUAGUAGUAACGAAUCGUCGGAUUCUGAUGAGAGUGAAGAACCUAGAACCAGGGCACCUCGCAAUUUUAGAGCAAGAAUGGAUCAUUUCACCCGUUGGAGCGACGAGGAAUUUCGAAUCAGAUUUAGAUUAAGCAAGGAUACGGUCGUAAUGCUAGAGCAAAGAUUUCGGAAUGAGAUAGCACCGAAAACUAACCGGUAUACAUAAGUCCACAGCAGGUCAGAUUGUAAAGAAAAUAGUUAAAAUGAUUGCAACAUUGGC